CGAAUCCUAUAUUCACAUCCCCGCUCCAAGAACGAUUGAGAAGCCUCACAGAAAGUCCCCGCCUUAUACUUUUACCGACUCGUCUAGAUCACUGUCGCGCUCGUCAUUUACUCACUUCGUUUCGCUCCAAUUCCCCUUCGAACUCACAACAAGCCUUACACUCCCUUGGCAUCACCGCUUGCUACCAGUUACCCAUCUCGUGAUAUCGUCAAUGCCUGUACCCAAUCAUGAUGUCCAUCCAUCUUCUUCAACACUUCAAGUCCCACAGACGAAGUGUCUUGUCAUGCGAGCCGGUAACUAUUCGUCGUCUGUCAGGAAAAACUGCGACUGCGUAUGCAUUGAUGUCUCAGAAGUACAUUAUGAGAUGGCGCUCACGCGGAUUGCUUCUGCGAAACGAAACACUCUGAGUUCCCCCCUCUACAAGGACAUCGCGCUCGGAGGGGAAAUCGUCACUGAGUUUGGGACCAUUGGUUACUGCUUCGGUGAUCGCUACACCUUCGACCUUGCAUUCAAUAACGUCAUCAAAUGUGCCGUCGUCGCUCACCUCUUGCUCUUGACAGUCCCCAACGACCUCGAGAUAACCCCCAUCAUCUUCAAGGCGUUGGAGUGGGGUAUCUCCUCGCGAGGGGGUGUGCAGGCGGGCGUUUGCGAGCGUUUGCUUAGCUUGGUCGGCAGGGUGGAGCCUUCGGGCAUUGUCGCUCAUUGCCAGUCGCCGCCAGUCCAGCGUCCUCCCGCUGACUCCACUCUUCUAGACAUACUUCACCAAAGCAAAAGCACCUCUCCUUAUAAUUCCUGCGAGAACGAUAGGUUCUUCCCUGCAGAAGCCCAAGCAAAGGCCGAUUAGGUUUUUGGCGAUGGGAAAUCUGCUCCACGAUACAGGCUUGAGUGUUUCCCUGGUUGCAUGUAUAGGUGUGCUGUCCGUAGGGAUCAGACUGACCCGCUGGUCGAUGCUGCGAAAGAGGGAUCGUUCGAGGCUAGUGUGAAGUUCUUCCUGACGCACCUGUGAGAUGUAUGUCUUUCCAUUAAUAUUGUUGUAGCGGAUAUGAAUCUAGUCCGAAAUAACGUGACCCGGGCGCUUG